UCUGUACCGGACAAGUACGGUGAAGGUGAACCUUGCCGGUCUCUCUCUGCUCUGUCUACCCGUCGCUGGAAGCAUCCUCUCCCGCUCAAGUCUGCUCCGUGAUCGUCCCUGAAGCCAUGUCCAUAUUCAGCGAUGUCCCGCAGGCUCCUCCGGUGGCGGUCUUCAAACUGAGCGCCGACUUCCGGGAGGACAGCCACGCUGUGAAAGUGAAUCUGGGAGUCGGAGCUUACCGUACCGAUGACUGCCAGCCGUGGGUGCUACCGGUGGUGAAGAAGGUGGAGCGGCUGAUCGUGGAGGACGGCAGCCUGAACCACGAGUACCUGCCCAUCCUCGGCCUGCCCGAGUUCCGCUCCGCCUCCUCCAAGGUGGCCCUGGGAGACGACAGCGCCGCCAUCAAGGACAACAGGGUGGGCGGGGUCCAGGCUCUGGGCGGGACAGGUGCGUUGAGGAUCGGGGCAGAGUUCCUGCGGCGUUGGUACAACGGCGUCAACAACACGGCCACGCCCGUCUAUGUCUCAGCGCCCACCUGGGAGAACCACAACAGUGUGUUUGCUGAUGCCGGCUUCAAAGACAUCCGGCCCUACCACUACUGGGAUGCUGCUAAGAGGGGCCUGGACCUCGCCGGGCUGCUGGACGACCUGGAGAAAGCUCCAGAACACUCCAUCUUCGUCCUCCACGCCUGCGCACACAACCCCACCGGCACCGACCCGACCCCGGAGGAGUGGAAGAAGAUCUCAGAGAUCAUGAAGAGGAGGAACUUGUUCGUGUUCUUUGACUCGGCCUAUCAGGGCUUCGCCUCUGGUGAUCUGGACAAAGACGCCUGGGCCAUCCGUUACUUUGUCUCCGAGGGCUUUGAGCUGUUUGUAGCUCAGUCCUUCUCCAAAAACUUCGGCCUUUACAAUGAGAGAGUCGGUAACCUGACCGUGGUCGCCCAGGACAGCGAGAACUUGGCCCGCAUCCUGUCCCAGAUGGAGAAGAUCGUCAGGACGACUUGGUCCAACCCGCCGUCUCAGGGAGCACGCAUCGUCAGCAAGACCCUCAACUGCCCCGAGCUCUUCAACGAAUGGAAGGGUAACGUGAAGACCAUGGCAGAGCGCGUCCUGCUGAUGAGGGAUCAGCUGAAGGCCAAGCUGCAGGGUCUGGGCACCCCGGGGACCUGGGACCACAUCACCCAGCAGAUCGGCAUGUUCAGUUUCACCGGCCUGAACCCCAAACAGGUGGAGUACAUGAUCAAAGAGAAGCACGUGUACCUGAUGGCCAGCGGCCGCAUCAACAUGUGCGGCCUGACCACCAAGAACAUCGACUAUAUCGCUCAGUCCAUCCACGACGCCGUCACCAAGGUCCAGUGAAGGCCGCCUCCGUCCGCCCAGCCUCCCGCCUCCUGUGUGCAACAGGAAGUAUUGUCAAUGUCUGUGCCCUUAUGCCCCGCCCCCUUUCCCAUCAUCCAACCUCUUGAUUGGUUCGACUGCUUCAGGGGGGUUUUUGCAGUCGAACCAAUGUUUUUUCGUUCUCGCAUGAAGGUGUAAAAACCUUCGGGAGGUGCAAUGAUUUUAGGAAAGUACUUGAACGCACAAAGAAUCACACCCGAAUGUGUAAAGUCAUAAAGUUAAAACCUUCGUUUGUCGAUGUUUUUUUGCUUCCUCGAUGUAAUUGAAAGCCCUGCAAGGGAUUAACGUGUAGUAUUUAACAAAUAGAUGUAGACUGCAGGUUAAUGUAAAUAGAUGUAGUCACUCUUCCAGGUGCUGUUACUCCCUGCAGAUGCACUGAAGCCCAAAAACAAAUCAGUUUAAAAAAGUAAAUCCUGAUUCCUUUUAUCAGAAUUCCCAAUUUUAACAAUGAAAUAUAUGUAUAUUUAUUGAUCAAAUUGUUACGCUGAAGUGUGAAUGAGAGCGUCAUGUGAGCGUGUUAGAAGGUCUCUUGACGGUAACAGCUGGUGCCUGAUGCUGCAGGUGUUUGUCACACCUGUGCAGCUUCGUGGAAGGUCACAAUGUGACGUUCACAGAGCGACCGCUGAACAAAGCGCCUCUCUUCUCUCUGUUGUUGUUCCCGCUCUCUCUCUCUCUCUCUCUCUCUCUCUCUCUCUCUCUCUCUCUCUCCGCCCUGCAGUGUCCUUAUCGUGUGACGGAAAGCGACCUCAGUCUCGUGACCGCUCUCCCAUCACGUGGUGGUGUUUGUAAUUGCACACAGCAGUAAUAAUACUGUAAUAAACUAUGAAACACGCACCAAA